AUUCUACGAUUUAUUGAUUCUAUGAUUUCCAGCUGACCUUCUACUUUGGAGGCAUGUGCAUCUGUGUUUGACAGGCUGCAAUUCUAAAGUGCCUAUUUUUAUAAAGAUAACAAAACAACGUAGUCUCUUACCUGUGAGAUAGAGGUCAGCUUCCAUUCCCUUCAGGACGCUGCUCCCAGAACCAGCACACAGCGCAGCUUUCUUCACUGGAGAAUCUGCAGGAUACAAGCAGCAGAAAGAACACAACGUUAGAGAGUGAAGCAUAUACCUGACAGGGAGAGUGGUGAGACAGAAGAUCUCUGGGAUGUCUUUGAUUUUGGACAGCACUGUCUCUAGAUGCUCCGUAGUGUCUGCACAGAAUUCUACCCGUCUCACCGAGUCCCUUGGACAGCCAGUUGUUGACUCCGUGGGGCACGGCAUCGUACGCUGUGUGUGGCAGUUGCUGUGUGUGCAUCAACCUCAGCUUUUUGAUGAGCGGGCAUGGCUGUCACGCUGCACACUGAUGUAGGAGACAUUAAAAUUGAACUGUUCUGUGAGCGAACGCCAAAAACAUGUGAAAAUUUCCUGGCUCUUUGUGCUAGUAACUACUACAACGGCUGUGUGUUUCACCGGAAUAUAAAGGGCUUCAUGGUUCAGACAGGGGAUCCAUUAGGCACUGGGAAAGGAGGAACCAGCAUCUGGGGCAAGAAGUUUGAAGAUGAAUUCAGUGAAUACCUAAAGCAUAGUGUCCGUGGGGUGGUUUCAAUGGCAAACAACGGUCCAAAUACCAAUGGGUCGCAAUUCUUCAUCACUUACGGAAAGCAACCACACCUGGAUAUGAAGUACACUGUUUUUGGGAAAGUGAUUGAUGGCUUGGAUACCUUGGAUGAGCUGGAGAAGCUGCCUGUGAAUGAGAAAACCUACCGACCUCUGAAUGACGUUCGCAUCAAAGAUAUCACCAUUCACGCCAACCCUUUUGCUCUGUAGCAGUCGUGACACAUUCUUUAGAGGCUGGUCAGACUGGCUGCUGGAAGGGGCGUUUGGUGCCCCGUCAGACGGGGUUACAGGAGCUGGGCUGUGCCUCGGUGUGCUGAAUGUGGGGCUCUGGGAGCUGUGAUGUUGUUUAUGAAUUGUCACAGGGGAGCCUUGUGUUCCUCAAGCCUGUGUUUUCAGAGUGUGUGUUGACUUGAUUUUGACUUCUAAGCGUUGCUUUUUAUACUUGUAAA